AUGCCAUUCAUAGGGAAAGGCGAGGACACCUGCUCUCACGCAGUACUGUCCCUGAGCCACCAUCGGCAGGCCAGGCACAUCCCCGAAGGUGCCCACGUGCCCGGGGCAGGGUUACAGAGACCCACCCUCUCCUCGGCCACCCCGUCCUCCCGCCCCGCGCGCAAGCCCGACCCCGCAGAGGUGCAGGACCGGGUGGCGUCAGCCCCUAAGGAGGGACCGGCGGGCUUCCGGGCGGGGCUGGACCCCAGUCGCCCCGAGGAGCUGGGGCACAACCGAGCACUGGCAGGGAAACUCGGAAGGGGCUACUCACAGCUCCCGGAGAAGCGGCAUGUGCAUCUGGUGCUCUCCAAGUUGCGUCCGGCGCCUGCCCCGCGGGCGGACCAGACCGGGCCCGCGGCCUUCCAGCGGGAGGGUCCGGCGCCGGCGGAGGCACCGCGAGGCGAGACCCCCUUCCAGGCCGGCGCUGGGCUCGCUCUCUCUCCCCGGUCCCCCACUCCCCAGGGGUGCAGGGCCCGGCAUCGCUCGGCCCCCAGCUCGCAGCUGUCGGGCACCUUUCCGCGAAAUCCUUCCUAUGGCCCGCCGUCCUCGCGUGCGGUCAUUUCAAGUCCGCAGCUGAGAAAGGACCUGGGUCUUUGUCCCCUCGGACUUGGGGUGGCGGAGGGGCUCCUGCGGAACCGAGACCGUGUACCUGGUGCCCGAUCGGGUUGUUUACACUGGCACACACAGCCCUUCUCGUUGCCAGGACGACCCCGGCCCCGGGGACGAGUUUUGCCGGUGCACCCAAAAUGUCUCCCCCCGUCCCCCAGGUUUGGGUUGUGGCGCCGCAGCGGGGUCUGUGAGCCGGGGCGUCGCAGAUCUCCCGGAUCUGAUAUCGGGGGCCACCCCCCCCCGGGACCCCCCCCCCCCCGCGGUGGCGAUGGUUCCAGGCCGUGGCCUCGGGUUGGCGGAAGCGUAGGCUCCCAUCGAGGCCGGUCCCCCGCCCCCUGCCCCUCCCCCAGCGCUGCGAAGCCGCAGGCUGUCUGCGUAGCCGCCGCCGUGACUCACCUUCUUCUUCCCUGCCGGGACCUGGACGGCCUGGGUCUGUAGCCGUGGGCCCUCCACCCAGGCUCCGCAAGCCCAUCCUACAUCUCCCCGGGCAGGUGUGUUUGCAGGAGCAGUCUGGGCACCAUCGUCGUUUCUGACCCCAGGAUCCUUGCGUAGCUUGAAUAACCACCUCUUCAGCCCGCCUUGCUAAGGUUACUG